AAAUGCCAAAACAAAGCUUUAACCUUUUAGGUGGAUAGCAUAUGCAUGUUAGGUCAAACUCUGAUAAGAUUAGUUGCAUCAACUUUGAAUGAAUAGCAACAGGUAAUCGCUACAUGUUUAGUCAAUUCGAAAACAUAAACAAACAUCAAAGAGCGCACAAAACAUCAUUUUGGAAGCCAACACCCUUCUACAUAUAUACACAAGUAUGCACAUGCAUUUGAGCAAACAUUUUCUUCACCAUCAUCUUCAAUGGAGAUAGUAUUCUUGAUUUCACUAGCUUUGAUUUUGCAGGGCAGGGAAGCUCUUGGAGACCAUGAACUUCUAAUUCAUGACUAUUACAAGGAGCAGUGCCCCUCAGCAGAAGAGAUUGUUGGUCGCAAUGUAGAGAUUGCAGUCCGCAAAGAUCCUCGAAUGGCUGCUUCUCUCCUCCGAAUGCAUUUCCACGAUUGUUUUGUCAUGGGGUGUGACGCAUCAGUUCUUCUAGAUAGCUAUGGUAACAUAGUCAGUGAGAAACAAGCAGUGCCAAACCUGAACUCCUUGCGCGGAUUCAAAGUCAUUGACAAGAUAAAAUACCUCUUGGAGGAGGCAUGCCCAUUAACAGUCUCCUGCGCUGACAUUUUAGCCAUGGCUGCUCGUGAUGCUGUAUUGUUGAGAGGUGGACCAAGAUGGAAGGUGAAGCUGGGCAGGAGAGACUCACUGAAAGCAAGCUUAGAUGGUGCCAACCAGUUCAUCCCCACUCCCAACUCCUCUCUAGAGACUCUCAUCUCUAAUUUCGGACAACAAGGUCUUGACAUAGAAGACUUGGUCACUUUGUCAGGUAGCCACACAAUGGGCAAGGCCAGAUGUCUCAGCUUCAAGCAAAGGCUAUACGAUGAGAACCAAAUUGAAAGACAUGACAAAUACAAGAGAUAUACAACCUUCCAAAAAAUCUUACAUUCAAUAUGCAAACAAUCAGGAACAGACAAUGUAUUGGCACCACUAGAUUCAAGGACUCCUGCUAGAUUUGACAAUCACUAUUUCAUUAACCUUCUGGAAGGUUAUGGCUUGCUAGGAUCAGACAAUGUUCUAAUCAAUGAAGACCAAGAGGGGGAUAUAACAAAGCAGUUGUGGGCUUAUGCCUCUGACCAAGAGCUUUUCUUUGCUUCAUUUGUGAAGUCAAUCAUCAAGAUGGGGAACAUCAAUGUGCUAACAGGUAAUGAAGGAGAAAUUAGAAGGAAUUGUAGGUUUGUGAACCCCCUAGGUAGCUAAAAUUCUACAUAGGCAUCCCCCCAACGUCAAAGGUUGAAUUGCAUAACAUAUCCCAUAAACCAUAAAGACAUUGGGCAGAUUUAUUUCCAUUCUGAAGCAGAUAAUGAUCGAUAAAGAAUGCAAAAACAAAAUCAUUGUCUCUAACAAGUUUAUAGUUGUUUGAACAGAAAUCCACACUUGCACGGGAAAUUUAAACUAACACCAUAGAAAAUGUGUGAAAUAUGUCUAGACAAAAUCAAAUAAAUGUUAAAUUCUAUCUUCAUGAAUUUUAUAACAUUAAAUUACAAUGCUUUUCUAUGGUACACUUGUUACCACAUUCAUCAUAUCAUAAAUUCAUAAUGAUAAAAUGGUCAAAGAAGAUAGUUUUAAAUCAGGGCUCACAACUUUUCAUCAGUAAAUAUUUGUGCCAUUCAUCCAGCAACAAAAU